AUCGGAGACAAAUCAAACUACAAGGUCGACAUUUUCUUUCGAGUUCGAGUUUGAGUCAAAGCAUGUUUUUGUUGGGUUAUGUUGUGCCGUAACGUCCUUUAUUGUUUUUGUGGUUUACAACUUUGAGAAGUAUUCCCUAAAAAAUGAAACACUCCAAAAAGCGUGGUUCUAAUAAUUUCUCCAGUAGAACUGUCCAAGAUGAUGACAUUCAUCUGGAUAAGGGUACUCCAUAUGAGCCGUCAGACUCAGAGGAUGAUUAUACUCAGCAAGAGAAAAUGUUACUGGAAAAAGUUCGAUCUCAGUCUUCUAAAAGUAGAGCCAACAAAAAGGUAGCUGUAAUGGAUCUACCACUUUAUGAUGACGAUGAUGAUGACGAUGAUGACAACAUUGAAGACGCAGAGGACAGUGAUGAGGAGGAUGACAACGAUGUCAAUAUGGACAGUGAUAUUGAAGGAAAAGAUGAUGACUUCCAUCUUCCAGAUCAAAGAGCAUGGGGGAAAACAAAAAGGAACUAUUAUAACACUGAUUAUGUAGACAAAGAUUAUGGUGGUUUUGAUGGAGAGGAUGCAGCAGCUGCAGAGCUGGAAGAGCAAGAGGCCCGAGAAAUCCAGAAGCGCUUGGCCGCUGAACUUGAUGAUAAUGACUUCACCUUAGAUGUUUUUACUAAGAACAAAGAUGACGAUAAACUUCCUACCACACCCUCAGAAGAAAUUAUUAAAACAGAUCUUAGCCAACUAAGCUCUAAACAAAAGCUAGCUCUCCUUGAAAAGGAAGCACCAGAAUUGAUUGGCAUCAUAUCAGAGUUCAGAGAUCUUAUGGGAGAGCUGCAGAACCGUCUUCAACCAGCUAUAAGCUUGGUUCAGGAAAAACGAGUAUCUUCCUCCCAUCUAAUCCAUUUUAUUCGCACCAAGUAUCAUCUUGUAAAUAAUUAUGCUAUGAACAUGGGCUUCUACUUGCUGCUCCGCGCGCGGCGUCUGCCUGUUACUGCUCACCCUGUGGUCAAGCGAUUACUGCAAUUUAGGCAACUUCUGCAACAGCUUCAGCCUCUUGAAAAAUUAGCUUCAGAUCAUCUGGAUGAGUUACUCAGUGCAGCCAAAAAUGGCUCGUUACCUGUCAGCAAUGCAAAUGGAUUGGAGUCAAAGAAAAAAACCAAGAGCAGCCUGAAACUCUUGUCCAUUUCUGAAACAUUUGAGAAAGAUUCAGCUGAUGCAAGUUCAGAUAACAUACAUUCAGAAAAAGUUAAGAGAUCAAAGGAUAAAGAAAAUAUUAAAUCAAAGUUAUCAAAUCCUGAUAAAUCUUUAACUAAGGAUACAAUGGGUAAAAGUAGUGACUUGCCUUGGGAAAACUCUUUGGACAUGGAGGAAAAUGGAGAUGUUCCUUGGAAUUCUGGCUUUGGAAGUGGAAGUGAAGAUGAAAAUGAAAAUGAAAAUGAAGAAAUGGAUGACUCAGGAGCCCUUGAUGGCUCCAAAGCUGACGAGGAUGGUAGUAAAAGAGCUAUUACUUGGCAAAUGUCCAAAAAUAAAGGUCUUACACCUCACCGCAAAAAAGAGCAGCGCAAUCCUCGUGUUAAGCAUAGGAAUAAGUUCCGAAAGGCAAAAAUUCGCCGUAAGGGCCAGGUGCGUGAGGCUCGUACAGAGCUCAAACGCUAUGGUGGUGAAAUGUCUGGAAUAAAGAAGACUGUGACAAAGAGCAUUAAAAUAAAAUAGAACCUAUGCUAAUAAAAUUUAUUGAUUUGAAAAUCAAA